AUGAAGCGUGGGCCGAGCGUGUUACGGCCUCCUCUUCCUCCUCUUCCUCCUCCUCCUCCGCCGGACGCGGUCCGGCGACACACGCGGGCGGCUCACCGGCCGCCGGGGACGCGCGCGACCGGUUCGAGCCCCUUCCUGGCGGCGACCUCGCUCUUCAGCCCUGAUGUCAGCAGCAAGAUGGCGUCUGACCUUCUCAUUAGGCUGUCAGAGGCCACCCAGAAGGCCCAGGUGCUCCCUGGGAGUCUAGCGGAGGGACGAGGCGGGCAGCAGGAGGAGCCGGGCCUGGCCCUGUCCCCCGACGGGCCCGGGGCCAGCCCCGAUCCGCCCUCGCUCACGCACACGCCCGAGGGGGACGCCGCCGGCCACACGCUGGCUUCGGAUCUGCUCAGGAAACUGGCAGAGAGUCAGCUCCUGACCCGGCCCGACGCGAAGGUCAAAGAGGAAGAGGAGAGCGUGGAAAUCGACACGCCCAGGAUGUCCGGUGUCAUCCGUGAGCGACCAAUAACAGACGUCCGAGGCCUGUCGUCUCCAAGCGACGGGGCUCACCAUCUUGUGGCCGUCAAAAGAGAGCACGGCGGGGCGGCGGCGACGGCGCAUCCGCAUCUGGACGGCGUUCUUCCUAAUGUUCCGCUUGGCGUCAAACAGGAGGAGCAGGAGAUCUCCGCGGCCACUUUGGCGGAGCGGAUUCUCCUCAGUGGAAAAAUGGAGGAGGAGGAGGCCCGACCCAGGUUGUUCUCGGGGGUCGCCGUGGAGGAGCGGCAGUUCUUCGGUGACCAGUUGUGUUCCGGAGCCAAGAUGGCGGAGCAUUGCCUGCGUGCGGCGCUGUGGCAGGACAUGUCUGUCAACCUGGCGUCCACGCUGCUGCACCAGCUCUCAGAACGGGUCGCAAAGUCCAGCGGUGCGCCGGCACAGUGGACCGCCCCCCCCGCCAGGAGCAGUCCAGUCGUGAAGGCGGAGCCAGCCUGGUCCUGCCCUUUGCAGCCUGCAUAUGGAAAUCCAAGCAGCCCGCCGGGAAGCGUGAGCUUCUUCUACAGGUGUCACGUGUGCGGCUUCGAGACCGACGGGCGCCUCCUUUUCCGGACUCACAUGACGGAGCAUCGGCAGCAGGAGCGCGGCUCUUUCUCGCUGCGCUGCUGCGUGUGCGACCACUCCACCAAUCAGGAGGCGGCCAUGAGGGCGCACGCCAACAAGCACUUGCUGGGCGGAGCCAUCAGAUGCCCCCUCGCCCUUCCCGCUGGCGGCGGGCCGACAGUUGCCACGGCAACCCCGCCGGAGACGAGCACCUCGGAGCAUCGCUGCCGCAUCUGCCAGAGGUCGUUUCCCGGGCAACCGGAGCUGCUGGUUCACUUCCAGGGUCAUCGCCAAGGCAACCAGUACCGGUGCGAGCGCUGCGGCCACCUGACGCGCACCGCCAACAAGCUGGUGGAGCACGUGCGCGUGCACACGGGGGAGCGGCCCUUCACCUGCCACCUUUGCCCUUACAGCGCCAAGCGGCGGGACAGCCUGCGCCUGCACUGCAAGGUCAAGCACGGCGCGCACGCCGCCGCCGCCGCCUCCUCUCACACCCCCGGCAACGUGCACACGCACCGCUCCUACGUGCACGCAGACAAUCCCAGCAAACACGUUCGGCGGCUGCACACCAGCGUGCCCUCCUCCUCCUCCUCUCCCCACCUUCCUCUUCAUCCCUCACUGUGUGAGCUCGCAGGGUGGAGGGAUUUGUCUCCUCUUGUGCCCAUCACGACACUCCUCUCGCUGAAGCCUCACGCGAGUGCGCCCCCGCCCUCCUCCUCCUCCUCCUCCUCCUCUUCCUCUUCCUCCUCCGCCAACAAACAUUCCUUCCUCGGCUACCUUGGCCUGGCAUCUUCGUGAACGUCUUCUCUCUCGUCCUCUCCUCCUCCUCCUUCUUCUUUCUCUCACGUCUCCUCCUCCGGACUUGUUGACUCCAAUGGAUGUAAAGCUCCCGCUUCCACGUUUGAGAAUGUCAAACAGUGACGUGCUGAACGUCGACGGCAUCGUAGUCCCCGCCGCCUGCUUUUAGCUAAUCACUACAACUCUAGCUCAUCAAGACUCAUUUUCUUAUAAUUAUCACCUAUUAUUAUCAUUAUUAUUAUUAUUACUACUAUGCGUUGUCCUUCAGAAACUGCCAGCUUCCUAAACCCUUGCCAUCUUCACAAUGGUGAUGUUAUGGGACCAAAACUGUAAAUAUUCUCAUGAGGUCAUUUGCACCUCUAAAUGUAUGUUUUUGUUUCAUAGCCACAGCUAACGAACAUUAGCGAUUAAUAUGAGGGAUGCACCGAUAAUCGUACUCGAGCUUGAAAAAAUGGCACUGACGCUACUUUACCGGCUUGAGAUAUACACCUUCCGGGUAGGUGGAGUAGGAGCCAUGUCAGCCGUGUGGAGAGCUUUAAGCUAAACACGGAUCACGACACACUUUGUUAGCCGCAAUUGAUGCCCUGCAAAAUGGAUGACGAACUCCGCUAUGCAGCAAUCUUGGAUUUCUUUUUACUCACUGUCGUUUGUCAUUACCACACAGACGUAACAUUGCCCUCAUCCCUACUUUUAUAUCCACCAGACUCUGCAUUCUACUUCUUGUUCUUCGACGUCACUCCUUUUACAUAGUGCCCCUAGUGUUCCAACUGAGACACCACAGAACUGAGAUGCCUUGUGUUCCAGGCUACAUUGAAGUGAAAUUUGGGGCAAGACUUUUUGGAAAAACAUGUAAUUGGAUGCUCAAGAAAAAUGUGUGUUUUGUACAAUAUUUAGUUAAGAUAAAACACAUUUAUAUCACAAAUGCAAGUAAUAUCAUAAUCAAGUAUUGGCGAAUACUCAAACGUAAGUACUUGUACUAAAAAGUGGUAUCGGUGCAUCCCUAUAUGUGCUUGUUGCCCGAAUGAAGUGCAUGAAAAUGUAUCAAAGUAUUAUUUUUUUUUGCCAAACCAAAUCUAAAUCACAGCUGCAGUAUAUUUUGUCUUUCAAAUGUUUGCUUUCUGUGUGUUACUUCACUUGAUUUGCUUGCGUAAUAGUUGUGUUGAUGGACGUUCUGAAGGACAAAGAUGCUCUUUCUGAUCUUUGUGUUGUAUAUAGCGACCCAUGUGCACUUUGUUGGCUUGCUGACGCAAAAAAAAAAA